UUGACUAGUCGACCCGGCUCCUUGUUUGGUCAGGCCACUCAGACCGGCCAAUCGCCGUUCACUCAGUCUAACACUCAGCAGGCUGGGCAAUCUCUUUUUGGUCAACUUGGCGCUCAACAGACCACUACUUCUCUGUUUGGUCAAACUGCUCAGGCUAACACUUCUUUAUUCGGUCAGUCUAGCACUCAAUCUGGUACUUCUCCGUUUGGUCAGACUGCCACUCAGCAAUUCACUGGUACUUUUGGACAGCCUGCCACUCAGACUUCUCAGUCGCCCUUUACGCAGAGUUCUGGCUCAUUGUUUGGGCAGACUACUACCCCUCAAGCUGGUACAUCGCUUUUUGGCCAGACUAAUACCCCUCAAGCUGGUGCAUCGAUUUUUGGCCAGUCUAAUGCCCCUCAAGCUGGUACAUCGCUUUUUGGCAAGUCUAAUACCCCUCAAACUGGUACAUCAUUGUUUGGUCAACUUGGAGCUCAACAAACUGGCCAAUCGCCGUUCGCUCAGUCUAACACUCAAACUGGUGCAUCGCCAUUUGGACAAAGUGCACAAUCUGGUACUUCUUUAUUUGGCCAGCCUGCCACUCAGACUUCUCAGUCGCCGUUUACACAAGGUUCCGCAUCAUUGUUUGGGCAGACUAGUACUCAACAGACUGGUGCAUCGAUUUUUGGCCAGUCGAGCACUCAACAGACCUCACCUUUCGGUCAACCGAAUUUGUUUUCCUCUGGUUCAAAGAGUUCACAGCCCGCUACAGCCCCGGCCACUUCGUUAACUACUAAGGAGGACCUACCAUAUGAGCCUUGGAUGUUGGAGGCGUUUAAGGCCGAUAAAUUCGAAGUAAGUUCAUUAUGUUUCCUUAGUCCCCUUUCAAUUAGUACACUUAUUUACUGA